AAGGCCCGCCUUGGGCCCCGUCUCCAAACGACGGUUUCAAAUAGCCAGCGAGGAGGCGUCGGGUCCCACUUUGGCGAGGAUUCUGGGAAGUGGGGAGAGGUGUUGCUCCUGGACCUAGAACUGCAUUUUGAAUAUUGCCGCCGGCGCAGUCUGUCGGCCCCCAGGUUUAGGGAAGUAUGUGAAGUAACACUUUUUCUGGAUUAUAAAAGACAUUUCAUCAUGGGACAGCAAAUUUCAGAUCAGACACAGCUGGUUAUUAACAAGUUACCAGAAAAAGUAGCAAAACAUGUCACAUUGGUUCGAGAAAGUAGCUCCUUAACUUAUGAAGAAUUUCUUGGUCGAGUAGCUGAACUCAAUGAUGUAACUGCUAAAGUGGCUGCUGGCCAGGAAAAACAUCUUCUCUUUGAGGUACAACCUGGUUCUGAUUCCUCUGCGUUUUGGAAAGUGGUUGUACGAGUAGUUUGUACCAAGAUUAACAAAAGCAGUGGCAUUGUAGAAGCGUCACGGAUCAUGAAUUUGUACCAGUUCAUUCAGCUUUAUAGAGAUAUCACAAGUCAAGCAGCAGGAGUAUUGGCUCAGUGCUCCACUUCUGAAGAACCUGAUGAAAACUCAUCCUCUGUAACCUCUUGUCAGACUAGUCUUUGGAUGGGAAGGGUGAAGCAGCUGACCGAUGAGGAGGAGUGUUGUAUCUGCAUGGAUGGACGAGCUGACCUCAUCCUGCCUUGUGCUCACAGCUUUUGCCAGAAGUGCAUUGAUAAAUGGAGUGAUCGACACAGAAAUUGCCCUAUUUGUCGCCUGCAGAUGACUGGAGCAAAUGAGUCUUGGGUAGUGUCAGAUGCACCCACAGAAGAUGACAUGGCUAAUUAUAUUCUUAACAUGGCUGAUGAGGCAGGCCAGCCUCACAGGCCAUGACCUGGGGGAAGAGCUUCUUUUGUUGUUGUGGGCUACAAAUACCUUGUGGUCAGGGAGGAAGAAUGGAGGUAUCUUCUGGCACAGAUACAGAAGAACUACUUUUUCCCAUCCUCUAAUUUUUGUUAUUCUGAUAAUGUGUCCCAUUUUUUAAAUAAACUUUCCAUGUCUUCCAUUCAUGGUAAACUAAAAUUUGCUACUGUUUUAAACUGUAUUUUAUCUGUUCUAAUGUAUAUUAGAACUAAUUGCUCUUGAAACCUUUGCUAGCAAAUUAUAGCAAUAUUUCUAGAGGCUUUGGACAAACUACAAUUUUUCAGAGCAGGUAUAUUCUGGAGUCUUUUUAGUUAGGUUCAAAGACUUGAAUUUUGAAAAUUUGCAACCAUCUGAGAAAAAUUUAAUGACUAAAAACAUAGACUAUGUGAAAGUGCAUGUUACUACUUAAAACUAAUCUUUCUGCUGGAAUCUAAGGAGUGUGUAUUAUGCCCCCUUGUGGUUAAUUAUUGCUCCUUUGAUAAUUUUUCCUUGGAGUGAGCCAGUUCCAUAACUUACACAUAACUUCAACAGCGUAUUUUUCAACUACACAUUUUUUACUUUAGAGGUCAUUCUUAGGAUACAUAAUUUGGGUAAGGACUAUAAAGUUGGAUCUUUGCCUUGUAAAUGAAUUUCUGCUGAAGAAUCUUGUUGACUGUUCUAGAAAUGCCUUCCCAAAGCUGAAAAACUGUUUAAGCAGAUUUUGAUAAUGUUCAUGCAUCCUGGAGUUUCAGAAGGAAAUUUUUCUUCAUCACAAAUUCAUACCUAUUUACAGAUUACGAUGAGUAAUUCAAAUUUGUUUAUGGUGCUUUUAACUCCAAGACAUCUUUCUGAGGUUUCAAAGUCCUCAAAUUUAUUAGAUUAAGAGAAGAACAGGGGCGGGAGAUUUAGCUCGGUGAUACUGUGCCUGCCUCACAAGCACAAGGUCCUGAGUUCGAUCUCUGGUACCAAAAAAGAGAGAGAGAGAAGGACAUAGGAUGAGGCUUUUCGCUAUAUGUAAGACACCUCUGCAAGCUAGAAGGUAAUUUGGCUGUCAUACUCUUUCACUCUAUUUCCUUAGAAAGUCUGUAAAGGGAUAUAGUAAAAGAAUUAUGAGGGCCAGAGAUUUAGCUCAGUGGCACUGCAUCUGCCUCAUAAGUGCAAGGUCCUGAGUUCAAUCCCUAGUACAGGAGAAAAAAUGAUGAUGAUGAUGAUAAAAGUGGAAUUAUGAUCUUCAGUAGCACCUCAACCAAUUUUUAGAUCUUAUGAAGUAAAAAUUUUAACAUUAACAUUUCAACACAAAAAAUAUUAGGGCCUGAAGUCUCUUUAAAACAAUAUUUUAACAUUCCAUGUAAAUUUUCUGACCUAUUAUUGGUAACUUGCAAAUAUUACUAUUUUUCUAAGUGCCAAGGUACACCAAGUUGCUGCUUAUUGAUGACAUAAAUUUUGGGUUAUUAAGUUUUUAUUAAGAUUUUAGUAGGUAUGCAAAUAAAAUCUAUCUCAAGGGAAAAUGUCUAUUACAACUUGAUUUUGCACCCAAAAGACUGAAAACUAAUCUGUUGAUAUUCAUGCUGAGUACCAAAUAGUUAUACUCGCUUUUGUUGGUUUAUACAUGCAGAGUUCUGGGGACUCUGUUACACCUUGUAGUACACCUAAUGGCUAUAUAAUUUUGAGAAAAUAUCUUACUCUUGUUUGUAGCUUCCUCCUUUAGAAACAGGUUUUAUCUGUGGUUUUCAUAAUAUUUCAUAAUAUUUUCUUUUCCCCAAAGUAAAAAUCUUAGAACCCUUAUACACAUGUGCAUACACACACCCUACUCUACUACAUGAAUCAUAAUUCCCUUUAUAAAUUCCAGUGAGUAAAUAUUAAGUCAACCAAUGAAAAUACAUAAUUACAGCUGAUACAGAAUAUAUUAGAAUUUGUUGAGUAAUAAUUUCAACAGUUAUUUUUAAAAAUUGAGAUGAGGUCAAAAGUUUCAAUUCAAGUCAAUUUGCAAUUCCCUGAAUCUCCUCCGUUGAUUCUUCUAUAGAAAGAACUUUGUGAUAAAUAAUCCUCUGAGAUGUUCUCCAGUUCUAGAAAUUUAAAUUGUUUUGGAUUUGACUUGUAUUUAAUUCAGAUUGCCUAAUUUUAAAGAGUUUCUGAAAACGAACAAUGUGACUUUACAAGUUUUUGGGUAUUUCCAGGUAUAGCUAAUGAUUUUGUCUCCAGAAUCCUUUACUCUGGAAGGAACUAUGGGGUGAGCCCAGUGAGGCCAGUGACUUGAUGUUGCUGCACCUUUUUAUCCUACAGUAUGAGCUCCAAAACACUAACUGAUCUACUGUGAAAAACACAAUGUCUUAUACUAACUAGCCUUAUCAAGUAAAUGAACAUGGGUCUCUGCUCGCUUCAUUAAAACUGGGUGAUAAUUCUUGAGAUGUGAAUGUUAGGUAGGUUCUACUGUAAUAUCUAACCACAGAUGUUGUAAAUUUGUUUAAUAGAUGAAAUGUACAUUUUUUUCCUACUCUGUACAGGUUUGUCUUUUUUAAAUAUGAAGUACUUAAACGCAUUUAUUAUGAUAGGAAAUAUGUGUGCCUUCUAGGUUUUGUGAAAUGGUCUCGUGUAGUCUAAGGAAUUUGUCUUAUGAUUUUUAGUGUUCUCAAUCCUAACUCAGUAACAAAGCAUUUACUCAUAAUGCUGUAGAACUUUAGUUUGAGAAAAUGAGUUUGACUAUGUAAUGCAUUUAGAGGUUGACAGUAGUAUGUGUUUUAUCUCUAGGAGAAACGGAUAAAUUGUGCAAUAAUCUUUAGCAAGAAGUUUUUGCUAACUUCAAAUAUUUUUUUCUUAUCAUAUAAUUUCACUUUCUUGUAUACUAAAUAUUUAUAUUCCUUAGAGGAUUAUUUUAUAUUGUGCUCUGGGGGGGUGUGAUGUGUGUGCUGUCUUGAGAUUAAUUUCAAAUUGGACUUGAUUUCCAUAAUAUCUAAUAUAUAUCUAGAUAAUGACUCCUUGGAAAUAUCUUUUGGUUUGGUGAUUUUAACAUUAUGAACUUGAUUCAUUAAAAGGCAAUCUG